AUGCCUCCCAAGCGUACCAAGAAGGCUCCUGUCGUGCCCAAGACUCAGGGCAGACUCAACUUCGAGCGCCAGCCCAAACCACAGGCCUCGGUCCCGCCCCUCAUUCAGGUGCUUUCUCAAUACCAGCUUAUGAUCAUGGUCACCGACCAGCUAUCCUCGGCCGACAUCAUCCACCUCACCUCUACAUGCAGGGAGAUCAAGACAUACCUCACCGAUGACGAGACAAUCUACACCAGGAUCAAGGACCGUGCCCUCUGCGACGGCAAGGACGUCACCAAGGCCCAGGUGGAGUGCGAAGGCAUAGUAUCUGAGCCCUGCGAUGGCUGCCAUGCCAUGGUCUGCAACAAUUGCCGUUACCACAUCACGUACCUGGAUGACCUGCCCUGCUGCAAGAACGACGCCGAGCACUGGGAGUCUCACGAAGCCGACUUCGCAUCUGUCAUCGAAACUGUUCGCCUCUGUCAUGCCGACCAUUGCGGCGAGUGCCCCGACUUCCACUCAGGCAACUUCCCUAUCGAAGGUAUCAGAGCCGCUCUUCUUGCCGGCGAGCCUCGCGAGCGCCGUUUCUGCACAGACUGCAGACCAGACCUGGACGACGGUGAUGGAGAUGUAGAUGUGGAAGCCAUCUGUGACAUCAUCGCAAUGCAUGAAAUGGAUGGUAACUGGUGCUUCUGCACUUUGAGCGAGAAAUUCAUCGAAGAACGCUGGCUUUGUAUUCCAUGUUUCUUCAAGCUGGAGACUGAGGCUUACAGUCGCCGCUCAAAGAGAGAGAUCUACAAGUGGGAGAUGGAGGAAGGUGUCAAGACACGCAAGCACGUCAAGACUGAGUACUUCUGCGAUUGUGGCAAAGUCGCCAAUGUUGGAUGCCUGGCGUUGUGCAGAUGGUGCGAUGACUACAUCAGGACCGCCCAGGUGGAUGAGUUCAUGGAGUAUUAGCAGAUCGGUCCACGAUGACUCUCGAUGAUUCGUUGAAGUCUUUGCUACAUGUGUAUAGCUUAUGGAGGAUCAAGGCGGUGGCUACAGAGCCCUUACGCUUACGAGAACAUGAUAUACGAAUC